GUUGGAUCCAAUUUCAACCCCCCUCCCUGUUCCCAUGCUGACCUGUCGAUUCUCGGCCUUCUCCACUGCCAGGGUGUGGCUAAAGGCGUAGUCUACAAUUCCGUGGUAUAAACACUGAAUUUUCCAUUUUUGGAUUGCUUUCCAAUGUCUUUGCUCACCAGUAUAAGUCCUGCAUUUGAAUUUGGACCUAUUUAUGUGCGUGAACAGGGUCGGCUGCGUCUGUUAAAUGGAGCGUCAAGCUUAAAUGUAACCAGUGGAAGAUCCAAGUCAGUGCGACUAUUUCAAAAGGGGUUCACUGUUAAUCUGUGCAUUGAAGAUGGGGACAAGCCUAGUACUUACCGGACUGAUCACAUUGUCUUCACUUACACAAAAGAAGGAAAUCUUCGCUACUCUCCCAAGUCACUUUUUGAUGGGGUGCUUGCUUUUAUAGCUGACAAUAUUCAACAUGUUGACUCACUAAUUGGCUUCCCAGAGCAGAUUGCUGAGAAACUUUUCACUGCAGUGGAAGCAAGAAAGAAAUUUGUUGAUCCCAGCACAAGCGCCCAGGCUCUCUUUAUAUUCAGUGAGGCCUAUGGAAAUCUAGUACUCCAGUCCCUGUGUUUACGAGAAAGAUUUACAUUGGUAUCAGAAAAGUUAAAGGAAAUCCAAUCUUUUCGUGGUUUGAAGUGUCUGGAUCUGUCAAGUUGUAAACUGGGCGAUGACCAUGAACUGUUACGACACUUGACAUCUGAACCCCUCAUGAGUCUCGUCCUCUUAUACCUCAGAGAUAAUGGCCUGUCUGACUGCGGUCUGCAGAGAAUGACAGCACCGGUCCGAGUGAUGAAGAAAGGUUUAGGAAAUUUGGAGGUGCUGGAUCUGUCAGGUAACCUUAAAAUCAGUGGACGUGGUUUGCAGUAUGUGUGUUGCUUUAAAAAACUGAGGUCAUUGAAUAUCUCUGGGACUGGUGUUUCGCCCAAUUGCUCAUCGAUCCAAAUGAUUCAGAGCAAGUUGUCACUGCUUCCUGCUGGAGAACCUCUGGAGGAGUUUGAGCAUUCCUGCUGCAGGACAGAAGGCUGGGCAGAGCAGGUGGUUUAUCUGUGGGAACAUUCAUGCAACAGACAUCUUGAAGAAGUUGACAGCAGAACAGUUGCACAGCAAUUCUACGGGCUGAAUAAAUUCACCAAUUUAGGCACUGAUGGGUUUUCAAAUACAGUGCAAAUCAAGGACUCCUUCAAAAUGCAGUUUCACAGAAAACCCAAUCAGGAUCCCUCCGUAGAGUCAGCUACAUGUUCCUCAAUUGGACCCUGUAAGAGAGGACCCGACCGAACUUAUGAGAUUGAUUGUUCCUCUUCUCCUGUGAAAUCCAAACAUGCUGAGCUGACCUUGGAUGACUGGGAGUUACUGAACUGUUACUGAAGAGGAAACCGAGAUUAAGGAAACCAAGAUUAAGGAUUUUGGAAGGUUCCUUCAUUAGCAAAGCCCAGUUAAGUGUUUUAAAACUUUUCAGCACUUGCUAUUCACCUGACUGAACUAGCAGUUUACACUGUUUCUGACCAUGUUCAUUCUCAUUAUGGAGUUAAAUUUAUUUGAAUUGUAUGGAUAAUGAAAUAAAACUUUUUUUUAGCUUCUGCAAGUUCGAUGUCAUCACG